UGUUAUCUUAACCUGAUCUUAACCUAUUCGAUGUUUAUGUUUCUUAUCCUUUGUUGUCUUAUGUUCUACAAUCUUAUCUUAACCUAUCCUAUCUUAAUCUUAUCCAGUCGUAUGUUACAAUCCUAUUUUAACCUUAUUUUAAUGUAUACUACAUUAACAUUUCAUAUAGGAUAAGAUAAGAUUAUGUUAUACAAUCAUAUCAUAUCGUGAUUUUAGCUAAUGUUAUCUUAUGUUCUACAAUUUUGAACAGGAUAUAAGGUAUUUUAUCGAUCUAAUAUAUUUUAAAUAUCACACGCGAAACCCACACAAACGUCUCUGUUUACGGGGAAGUUACUUUAUCAAUAAUUAUUUCGGAUGAUUUAAAAAUCGUUUAUUAUUUAAAAGAAUGCACAGCACUAAAUCACCGGUGACGCUAGCCACCUCUCUUAUUUUUUAUUUGCACUUGUGACAAAGGUGAUGAUACGCAGGGCAUCUAAUACGUUUUAAAUAUCAUGUGAAACAGACUAAUUGUUUGCACACAAUUAAAGCCCCCCACAAUUUUCCAUGUGGUCAUUUAAACUGAUACGCCUCCAUACUUACACACAUUAAUUCAUAUAUGCAUAAACGCACAUACACGCCCCCUUCAUAAAUAGGCAUUAUUGUGGUACUCACUCAUCAAUCUGCACCUAAGCAUAAAUAUUAAAAGUAAACUGACAUGACUCCAAGCAAGACUCCAGCUCCACGCCGAGGAAGGUCUUUUGACUCGAUGAACACUAGUUAUGAGGAAAAACAACCCAACAAUGAGAUGAGCAAAUCCACCUUCAUUAAGAUAGAGGAGAAGAUCGAUGUAAAACAGACGGUACCAGACCAGGCUUGCAUCACAGUGGUGCUGUCCCUGAAGAACGACAUUGGUGGACUCUUUAAGGCAUUGAAGCUUUUCCAGGAAAAGCACAUUAAUUUAGUACACAUCAAGUCCCGGAAACUGAACAGACAGCGCUCAGAGGUUGAGAUCUUUUUGGACUGCAGCAGCAACUACGAGCAGCUCGAUGAUUUCACCCAGCUGCUACAGAGGUACUUGAAUUCAGGCAUCGUGGGCACGGCGAACAAUUCCUGCCAACUGGAAGAAGCGAUGGAUAACAUCCCCUGGUUCCCCAAGAAGAUCUCAGACUUGGACAAGUGUGCCAACCGUGUGCUGAUGUACGGAUCGGAUCUAGACGCAGACCACCCGGGCUUCAAGGAUAAUGUCUAUCGGCGGAGGAGGAAAGAGUUUUCUGAUCUGGCCAUGAACUACAAACAUGGAGACCCCAUCCCUCGCGUUGAGUUCACUGAGGAGGAGGUACGCACAUGGGCUGUCGUGUUCCGUGAGCUAAACAAGCUGUACCCCAGCAAUGCCUGCCGGGAGUAUCUGACGAACCUGCCGCUGCUGAAGGAGCACUGCGGCUACAGGGAGGACAACGUCCCCCAGCUGGACGACGUGUCGCGCUUCCUCAAGGAGCGCACUGGCUUCAGCAUCCGCCCAGUAGCCGGCUACCUGUCUCCGAGGGACUUCCUGGCCGGACUCGCCUUCCGGGUGUUCCACUGCACCCAGUACAUUCGGCACGGUUCGGCACCCCUCUAUACCCCCGAGCCGGACACGUGUCAUGAGUUGCUGGGUCACGUCCCAUUGCUGGCGGAGCCGAGCUUCGCGCAGUUCUCCCAGGAGAUGGGCCUGGCCUCCUUAGGGGUCUCUGACGACUCCAUCCAGAAGCUGGCCACAUGCUACUUCUUCACCGUGGAGUUUGGCCUGUGCAAACAGGAUGGGCAGCUGAGGGCGUACGGUGCUGGGCUGCUGUCCUCCGCCAGCGAGCUGAGACACGCACUCUCUGGGAACUGCAGGAUCCUGCCCUUUGACCCCAACAUCACCUGCAAGCAGGAAUGCAACAUUACCACCUUUCAAGAUGUUUACUUCGUGUCAGAGAGCUUUGAAGAAGCCAAGGCCAAGAUGAGGGAGUUUGCCAAGACCAUCAAGAGGCCUUUCACGGUGUGGUACAACCCUUACACCCAGAGCGUGGACGUGCUGAGGGACACGGCCAGCAUCCACAGGGUGCUGGAGGAGCUGACCCAUGAGCUUGAUGUUGUGGGAGAUGCUCUCAGCAGAAUCGACAAGCAGCUGGGUGUCUAAGCUCCUUCUGAGGCCGAUGGCUCACCGCCAGGCCUGCCAGUAAGCAGUCUGGUGUUUAGGUGUAAUUUAUUAGGCCACAGGACGGACGUCCAAAGCUUCCAGUGAACCUAAGGUUGGGAAAUACCUUUAUCCCUGUAGACAUCCUUGCACAGGAGUAGGACAACAGUGGUAAUAAAAUGCAGUGAAUUAUAGUGUGUCUGGGCUAAAUGUAAUAAACGUGCUGGUUUACAUGUU